AUGGCUCCCUCUCCCAUUGCCUCCUGGAUGGACACGUGCUGCAAAACGAGCCCGCCUGGUGCGUCACCUUCUCCCCUUCCACGUCCUUCCAUCCGCCGCUCUAAUCACGGUAUGGUUACGCUCAUUCACACGCCAUGGGGCGUCGUCUGCAUGGGCUCGUGCAAAAGCAACGGCUGGCCCACCCUCUGCCAUGCCGUGUCUAUUGUUUCUUCACGCCUGUUCUCCCUUGAGAGGCAGCGUGACCCCUCUGGGGCUUUAGAUGUUCGCAUUGGCCUCAGCCUUUGCCUCAUCGAGUCGCAUCCUCAUAAUUUUCGAUCCGGAUCCAAUACGCAUUCCCGGGCCGCGCACUUUUCUCUCACGAGGGUGGAUCCCUAUUUCUGCCUGCCUCUACCUUCCCCUUUCUUCGUCGCUCCCGUCAUGGCCACUCCUCAGGGCAUGGACGCAAUUAUGGCCGACAACGGAGUUAACGUCCCCUCCGUGAGCAACCUCCUGCCCGAUGAGGGCCAAUCGUCACCGCAGGCCAAGAAGAUCUGUACGGGGGAGGCCUCGUCCUCUGCCCGACCUACGCCUGCGCCUGCCAUGGACCCGGCCGCUGACCCUGAAGCAGCACCGGAUCUCACCCUCAACGGACUGGAGUCCAGCGCUGCACCCGCGCCGGUGCUGGCUGGUCCCCUCUCUCGUCUGCACCGUAAUCGCGACGUCGUCGGAGAGGUUGUACAUAACUUGGUACGAGAUACUCACUCACUGGUCACCAUCAUCUACCCUGAUAACGUGGCUGAAGUUCACCGCAGCAAGAUUAUCUCUCGUGUCCGCUCUGGCUUGCGUCCCGCGUUCUUUCCACACUCUAACCGUAUGCCGACGUUUGAAUCUGUGGUGGACGAAGUUCUCCGCCUCCCCCGCCGCUCGUACACACGCCUUGUGUUCCAGCUCCCCUCACGCGACGAUGCCAGGGGGUUUCGCCGUGCCUUCCCAAUGACCUACCAUCACAACGGCGGUGCCGUGGAGCUGAAACUCUAUGACGACCCAGAACCAGACUUCACCGCGGCCAAGGCCCGAGGCGAAACGCACCUCGUGAUCCGCAACGUCCCCCUCGGGUACUCGCUGAGCGGGAUCCGGCAGAUGCUGACAACGAGCCGCACGCGGGAAGAGCGCAAGUGGCUCUUCGACAUUCGAUCCUUUCACAAGGUCUACGACCCUUACGAGGAGGUAUCGCAGCCGCAGAUGGUUGGCCUCCCCAUUGCUAAGACGGACGACCCCUUUUUCGAGAACAUUCCCGCGGUGCUGUGGCUGGAGGAUGCGCAACUGCCCAUGAUCAUCAACCUGUCCUGCCACUCAUGCGAGAUCUGCACGAGUAAUCAUCGCACGCGAGAUCACCAGUGGUUCGCGGCGACGAGGAACCGACGCCUUCCCAACCGGUACACGGUCACAGUGGCUCAACUACAUAACAUCAGUGCCAAACUGCUCGGACAGACGCCCGUUCCACUGGCAGUCAAAGCGGACCCCGGGAUCCUGUAUAUAGGAUCCGAGGACGACGUCGAGCUCUGGACCUGCGCCUUGUGCGACUUCGAAUGCGGCCCCGCUCUCGACAGCGCCUUCGAACACAUCCGCUCCCCUGGCCAUGGGCUGCGCCUCAUGCAGGCAGAAAACCAGACAACCCCACUGGAGACCUGGGGCCCAAGGAUAGUGCACGACCUACGCCAGCGUCAGGAGAUUCUCUCCUUCCUGGCGUCACUCAUGUAG